UCUCUUUCUCUCUCUCUCUUUCUCUUUCUCUCUCUACCAGUGUUCACGUGCAUUCUGUUUUGUCUAAUUUGAACGAUUUUCCAUUUAUGAUAAAUAAAUUUAUAUUUCUAAGGAUUUUUGUAAAUUUAAAAUCAAAAUGCAGGUUUCUGCACCGAAUAACAUAAAGAUUUAUAAUCUUAGCGCCGGAAAAUCACUUCCUGAGUGGUUAUCUGAGCGAAAAAGAAGAAGUUUAUCGAAGAAGAAUGUCGAUAUACGACGACGUAUUGAACUUAUACAAGACUUUGACAUGCCUGGAGUAAGUACAUCUAUUAGAGUCUCUAAGGAUGAACAAUACAUUCUUGCAACAGGAAUUUAUAAACCACGUGUAAAGUGUUUUGAUGUAUAUAAUUUGGCAUUGAAAUUUGAGAGGUGUUUUGAUUCUGAAGUUGUUACUUUUGAAGUAUUAUCGGAUGAUUAUAGCAAAAUAGUAUUUCUGCAAUGCGACCGUAAUGUUGAGUUUCACGCUGCUCAUGGGAAAUAUUAUAAGCUCAGAGUACCAAACUUUGGAAGGGAUCUAAAAUACCAUUAUCCAACAUGUGAUAUUUUUAUUGUAGGCAAUGGUAAUAAGAUAUACAGAAUAAAUCUUGAACGUGGUCAAUUUUUGCAACCAUUUGAAACAGAAGCAACAUCGAUAAAUAAAUGCGAGAUAAAUCCAUUGCAUCAUUUACUUACGGUUGGCACUCAGGAAGGAAAAAUUGAAGCUUGGGAUCCAAGAGUAAGGAAUAGAGUUGGCAUACUCGAUUGCGCUCUGCAUUGUAUUACUCAAGACAAAUUGGAAACUGUUCCUGCAAUUACUGCCUUGAAAUUUCAAGGGGGAUUGCAUUUAGGAGUUGGCACAUCAACAGGACAUGUAUUAAUGUAUGAUAUAAGAUCCAAUAAACCAUUUUUAACUAAAGAUCAUAUGUAUGGAUUACCAAUAACAUGCAUAGAUUUCCACCAAAAGAUGAAUCUUGUUUACUCUAUGGACAGUUCGAUUGUAAAAAUAUGGGAGAAAGAUACCGGUAAACUUUAUACUUCCAUAGAGGCUCAGCAUGACUUUAAUGAUUUGUCUGUCAUACCAAAUAGCGGUAUGCUGCUAACAGCUAAUGAAACUACAAAAAUGCAAGUAUAUUAUAUUCCUAGUCUUGGUCCCGCUCCUCGCUGGUGUAGUUUCCUUGAUAAUCUUACAGAGGAAUUGGAGGAACAAAAUUAUGAUAUCAUCUAUGACGAUUACAAAUUUGUAACUGAUAAGGAACUGGACGAAUUAGGUCUUGCACAUUUGAAGGGUACUAAUCUACUCAGGGCUUAUAUGCACGGCUACUUUAUGGACAUCCGUUUGUAUAGGAAAGCAAGGGAUGUAAUGAAACCAUUUGAAUUUGAAGAAUACAAAAAAAGAAGAAUUCGUGACAAAAUUAAAGAGGAAGCCAUCAGCAGAGUACAGAUACAAAAGUUACCAAGUGUAAAUCAGGAAUUAGCAUUGAAAUUGAUGGAAAAUGCAAAUGUUAGUGACAAGAAGAAGCAAGCGUCUUCUAAUCUGUUGAAAGACGAGCGAUUUAAAGCUCUCUUUAGCAAUCCUGAUUUCCAAGUCGAUAAAAACUCCGAGGAAUAUAAUUUAUUGAAUCCUGUUAUUUCUCACCUUGCUAAAAGUAAAGAUAAAAAAUUGAAACGACAAUUGGCACGAGAAGAAGAAGAGGAAGAAGAAACUCAAAAUAAAUCUGACGAGGAUGAACCAAAAGAUAAAACAAAAAAAAUUCCAAGCAACAACUCGAAUGAAAUUAGACAUGAAGUGAGGUUUGAGGAAGGCGGACUGGAAAAGAAAAAACCGAACAAAUCCACGUUUGGCGAGAGAUUAGCAAAUGAAGAGACACACAAUAUUAAAGUGUCCGGUUCGCGUGGUAGCAGGGAGAUGACUUUUGUCAUCGAAAAGAAGAAACAACGACCAGAAGUAAAACGCCGUAGAACAGAAUACAAUGUGUUGCGGCCAGCAAGAAGCAUUUUAAGGAAAAAACGUUAAUUUUCACGUUUAAUAAGUGUUAAUAUGUAAAAAUUUAAUGUUAGUUUAUUAAUAUCUUUGUAUUAUAAUGUUGUAAAUAUAAAAAUUUUUAUUCAUUUUUA